AUGGGCUGCCGGGGAGCCAGCGGGCCGGAGCCCCCGAGCCGUGCGCCGCCGCCGGGUCUCCCUCCGCCUCCCGCGGCCCCCGCUGCGCCCGCGCCUCUGCCUCUCUCCGCCCAGGUGUGCUCCGGGAGCCAUCCCCGGCACCACGGCCCGGCCUUCCGCGGUCCACUAGGGGGUGUUUGCUGCCUGGUCCUGGUCGCCCUGAGCCUGUGGCCAGAUAGAGCUGCUGCCCCGGGGCCACCUCCUGGCCCCCCGCGGGCCUCCCCAGACCCUCGGGCUGAGCUGGACAGCGCCGUCCUCCUGACCCGCUCCCUCCUGGCGGACACUCGGCAGCUGGCGGCACAGCUGAGAGACAAAUUUCCAGCCGACGGGGACCACAACCUGGACUCUCUUCCCACCUUGGCCAUGAGUGCAGGGGCGCUGGGAGCCCUACAACUCCCAGGUGUGCUGACACGGCUGCGAGCCGACCUGUUCUCCUACCUGCGCCACGUGCAGUGGCUGCGCCGAGCCGGGGGCCCUUCCCUGCGGACCCUGGAGCCGGAGCUGGGUGCCCUGCAGGCCCGGCUGGACCGCCUGCUUCGCCGGCUGCAGCUCCUGAUGUCCCGCCUGGCCUUACCCCAAGCACCCCCAGACCCACCAGCUCCCCCGCUGGCCCCCCCGGCCUCUGCCUGGGGAGGCAUCAGGGCAGCCCACGCCAUUCUUGGGGGGCUGCACCUGACCCUUGACUGGGCCGUGCGGGGCUUGCUACUGCUGAAGACUCGGCUGUGA